AUGUGGCGCAUCUGCGGAUUCGUUCUGCUCCUUUGUGGCCUUAUCGCUGGCCAAACCAGUGAGGAGGAUCUCAGCAAGGAUGUGCCGGAUGAGGACGACCCCAUUGGCAACAACAAGGAGCUAUCGGACCUGGUCAUCACCACAGCGUUGGGCAAGAUUCGGGGCACCAUUCUGCCCUCCCAGUCGGGUCGCAAUUUCUACGCCUUUCGUGGAGUUCCCUAUGCCAAGCCACCAGUGGAUCGCCUUCGUUUCCAGCCACCGGAACCCGUGGAGCAGUGGUUCGAUGUGCUGGACGCCACCUUUGAUGGUCCCAAGUGCCCACAGCUGGGACUAAUAAGUGGAGAUGUAAGCGAAGACUGCCUCAGAGUUAAUAUAUACACCAAGGAGCUGCCCAGCGAGUCGCAGCCGAACAUACGAAGACCUGUGAUCGUGUUCAUCCAUCCUGGAGGCUUCUACUCCUUAUCCGGCCAGAGCAAGAACUUUGCGGGACCCCAGUACUUUAUGGAUCGUCGGCUAGUCCUGGUCACGUUUAAUUACCGGCUGGGUUCGUUGGGUUUCCUGGCCACAGGGAGCAAGGAGGCUCCAGGGAAUAUGGGACUCAAAGACCAGGUGCAGCUCCUCCGGUGGGUCAAGCUGCACAUUUCUCGCUUCGGCGGAGAUCCGACUUCCAUCACUCUAUUGGGCUACGGAGCUGGAGCGAUGGCUGUGACGCUGCAUAUGGUUUCCCCCAUGUCUAGGGGUCUCUUCCAUAAAGCCAUCGUGAUGAGUGGAGCAGUCACAGGUCAGUGGUCACUGCCGGAUCACCAGAUGGAAGUGGCCACCAAGCAGGCUACUUUGCUUCAUUGUCACGUGGAGAACGUCACCGAAAUGGUGGACUGUCUUAGAGGGAAACAUUACCUGGAAUACGCAAAUAGCUUGCCAAAAAUGUUCGAGUUCGACAGGAAUAAUCCCUUGAUUCUGUGGAAGCCUGUUAUUGAGCCGGACUUUGGACAGGAACGCUUUCUGGUGGAGGAUCCUAUAAAGAGCUAUCAAAACGAUGAUUUCAUGAAAGUACCCAUUAUUACGGGAAUGACCAAGGACGAGUUUGUGGGACCAGCCUUGUCCAUCCUACAAAGUCCUUCUCUGCUGAGUGCUUUAAAUGAGAACUUCGAGUCUUUGGCCCCCGUAUUCUUUAUGUACAAUGAGAGUGAUCCUCGAGUCGGCAAUAUAAGCCAGGAGCUAAGGAAUCACUACUUCCAGCAGCAGCCCAUCGAUGCCAACCGUUCUUUGGAGGCCUUGUCCAAUUUUUACUCGGAUGCAUUGACUGGUUUCGGAAUCCACCGAUUUGUGCAUCUGGCGGCCAGGUCAACGAAGGUCUACUACUAUCGAUUUUCAUAUCAGGGGGAAAGGAGUCAUAUUUAUUAUCCGGAAGAUGCACCCUAUGGGGUGGUUCACCACGAUGAUCUGAUGUAUCUGUUUGUGGAACCCUCGAUCAGUCGCAUGUUUACAGAAGAUGACGACGAAUUUCGCAUGGUGGAUAUAAUGGUCAGGAUGUUCUCCGCCUUUGCUUAUAAGGGCGAUCCCAAUAAACCCACCGAUUUGGCCUUGAGGGAUAUCCGUUGGCGUCCUUUUAGCUUCAAGAAACGCUACUACCUAGAUAUUGGAAAGCAUCUAACUCUGCAGGAGAACCUCAACGCCGAGCGCUACGAGAUCUGGAAACGACUCUUCCCCCUCAACUGGCGACGUCAGACCAAGGAGGUUUAAGCUCAAAAGGGUAGUGCUUUGCUCACAUCUGUACUUUUCAAAUACAGGCCACUAGGCAAAUUUAUUUAAA